AGAGAGGCAGUUAAACUUAGAAUAACUUAUCUUACAACAGGUAACCUAGUCGUAAGUUUUAAAUAACGAUAUCUUACUACAGUUAAUGGCGUCGUUAUAAACCAGGAAAUUACAAACCUGCCAGGGUAUAUUAUAUCCGGUGUCCUGCCCGCGGGAUUUCAUAAAGACGGGCGGCCAGAGUGUGUGUAUGUUAAAGGUAGAACUGGCAGGUCAGGUGCAUUUAUCUAAAUGGAAAGGUGUGUUCAUAAAUAGAAACAGUUAACACCUGAGAACAGCGUUCUGACCGCUAGUAUCAUAAUCAGUCUGUAUCUGAUUUAAAUGGAACACUCUAUGUUUCUGUUGGUGUAAUUGGAUGAUGAUUCGACUGUUUUUGAAGUAGUGUUCAAGCAUGUAUAUUCUCGGAAUUUAUCUCCUGGGAGUGGUUUAUUUAGCGGCUGUUAAAGAUUCCUGCCAAGCCCACACGCACAUCAUAACGACAACGUUAUACGAGGACAUGUUUCAGCACUACAAUAAUAGACUCAUACCUGUGUGUUCUAGGACGGGGAAUGUUACUCUUAACGUCAAUACAGCUCUCAGACAGAUCAUGGAUCUCAAUGAACGAGAACAGGUUAUUUCCAUUAACGUUUGGUUACGGAUGAACUGGGAAGAUUGCCGUAUGAAGUGGAACGUUUCCGACUAUGACGACAUUGAUCACUUCUCUGUACCAUAUGAUGCCAUUUGGAUUCCUGAUAUAACAGUAUAUGACAGUGCGAGUGAUGAAGUAAUGAUGCCCGCGUGUAAAUGGAAGUGCCAAUAAUACAGUACAUCCAGAAAAAUCGACGGAAUCAACCACAAAUUUUGUUACGAACAAUUCAACGAUGGACAUGUUUCUGCGGACGAAGGAACCAAUCGCACGACUAAUGCGCACGCAGUCGAUGAUUUUAGAGCGUGUUGAGGACAGUUUGAACAAAAAUAACGUUGUCGACAAUGUAGAGGAUGAAUGGCACCAGUUAGCACGUGUCCUGGACAGAGUUUUUCUCAUUCUGUAUGUUACCAUAUCUAUAAUCACGUCUUCAGUAUUUCUCGGAAUAAUGGCCAGUAACUCCUGACAUCACUUGACUUCCGUGUUGAAAUUACUGUACGAAAUUGACAAAUUUCUGCACGCUUUCGCCAAUAUAUCACUAUCGCCAUUUUACCCUAACAAGCAGAUUGCCUAUUUAACCAUGUGGCGAAAAUUAAACGUCAGAUGUAAUCACACCUACAGGCGCUUGCAUAAAAAUGUAAUUUUAUCAUAUGGCAGUGGUAUGUGUACUUUGGAAAGUACACGGUUGGCAACUCCGUCAGGAGCGAAACGGCACCCAACCACACUUCAAUCGACUAAAAAACACAAUUAUUCAAAAUGCCACGGCGCAUACUAUUUACUACCUUCAUCUAUAAUAUUCAGCCUUAACCUACCGUGUCACUUAAUACGAAUUGUUACAUCAAAAACAAAAUAAUCAGUGAAAACAUCGCCGAAUUCCUUCCUCAGAACACCAUUUUUUAAGCUGCUCCCUCAGCCUGUCCAGAUUCCACAUUUACAAGGUCAUGCGUUUACAUAAUCGCCUAUCGCCAGGUGCACUUUUUGAGGUCAUCUCUGCAUGCAUUUUGUCCAGAAAACGUGUCGGCUCGUUGAAGAGUUUCGUGUUAUUUACGAUUAUUUGAAGAGUUUCGUCAAAUGAACGAUGAUUUAUAAUCAUAAACUUGAGAAUUGAAAAAGGGGGAGGGGUGGGGGG